GACGUUCCAUCGGGCGCCAUCCUGCGGCGGAGGAGGGCGGAGGAGGACCGGUCCUCGGCCCUCGGCUGUGCGGGCUGGACCCCACAGCGAGGGGUAAAAGCGGCGGCACCAUGACGACGGAGACCUUCGUCAAAGACAUCAAGCCGGGCCUCAAGAACCUCAACCUCAUCUUCAUCGUGCUGGAGACAGGCCGAGUAACCAAGACCAAGGAUGGACAUGAGGUGCGUACCUGUAAGGUGGCAGACAAGACUGGCAGCAUCAACAUCUCCGUUUGGGAUGACGCGGGCACACUGAUCCAGCCUGGAGACAUCAUCCGGCUCACCAAGGGGUACGCAUCCGUGUUCAAAGGCUGCCUGACCCUGUACACGGGCCGUGGGGGAGACCUGCAGAAGAUUGGAGAGUUUUGCAUGGUUUACUCGGAGGUCCCCAACUUCAGCGAGCCAAAUCCAGAGUACAGCACCCAGCUGCCCCCCGGAAAAGUGGUUCAAAAUGACAGCGGGCCCCCAGCCCCCCAACAGCCGGCCGGACCCCCGGCCUCCUCUCCAGCCUCUGAAAAUCAAAACGGGAAUGGACUGAGCGCUCCCAGCCCCGGGGCCGGCCCCCACCCUCCUCACGCUCCCCCGCACCCCGCCAGCACUCGGAUCACCCGCAGCCAGCCCGGCCAUGCCCCCGCCGGCCCGCCGGGCCCCGGGCCCCCCAACAACCCCAUCAGCAAUGGCAAAGAGACACGAAGAAACAGCAAGAGAUAGGCCCCCCACCCCGCCUACCCCAAGGUGGGGGCUGGAGGGGGGGCUGUAUCAGAGCAAGAAAAAGCCCCUUGAGGCCUGGAUCGUGUCUGCUAACUCUGUUGUACUUUCCCAAGUGCUUAGCACAGUGCUCUGAACACAGUAGAUUGUAAGCUCCUUCAGGGAAGGGAUCGUUGUCUGCUCUAUCCGUCGUACUCUCCCAUCCCCUUAGAGUGCUCAGCAUUGGAUCGGUGCUAUCGAUCGAUCGAUCGAUCGAUCGAUUGAAAGCUCCCCCACUCGGGGUGGAACUGAAGGGGUGGGCAUUGGGCACCCUGUCAGAGCCUAGAGCCUCGGAACUGCCUUUGUUUCUCACCCCCUGGCUCGUGGGGGCAGGAUCGGCUUUCCCCUGUUUUCAGAAGACUCCGUACUGAGGGGAGCGGGGGGCAGUGUGUGCAUGUAUGUGUUUUUGUGUGUGUGUGUGUGUAUGUGCGCGUGUCUCUGCCCACGCAUGUCUCUCCCUAACGUUCCCCCACCUCCAAUAAAUAUCUCCAUUUCACUCAUCUCCA